AUGAGAACCGCCUUUUUUCUUGCAAAGGUUCCUGUAACAACCUGCGACGCCUCUCCACUAAUUACAAGAACAACCAAUAAUUGGUUGAACAUCGUAGAAAAUACAGGGUCUAACACCCAAAGCCAUACAUUGGACAGAGAAAAAAUACAAAAUAUUGCCAGUUUGGCUAAUGGAAAAGCUACAAGGAUCGGUUGCGCGCAAAGAAAUUGUAAUGAUAAUCUGUACAUCGCUUGUGUUGUAGACGAUGAAUCUCCCAAUACGCCAGCUCCUGGCUCUGCGACAGAACCUACUCCAUCCGAAAUAGCAUCACCGCUACUUUUAACCUCAACUGCUACCUCUACAACCACAACACCAUCAACAACCACAGUCACAACAAGUAGCCCAACAACACCGAUAUCAACGUCAGCAGUAUUUACAAUGGCCGAACAACCAGCCGGACGCUUCAUCUGUCCACCAAAUGAUAUCUCAACUGAUGAGGUCAGAAACGUUUUCCUCACUUUGCACAAUCAAUUCAGAUCUUCACUCGCCUUAGGAUCAGUACCAAAUGGAAGGAUGGGAAUACUUGCACGUAAAGCAUCAAGAAUGAUCAAAUUGAGAUAUGACUGCAACGCAGAGUAUAGUGCCUACAUGUCAGCACAGCGUUGUGUUGACAUGGAUUCACCGCAAUCAUCUCGUCCUGGUUUUGAUGAAAAUCGUCACGUCUCGCCUAAUCCUAACACUGACCAUGUGACAAUGGCAAGACGGGCUGCAAACCAUUGGUGGAAUGAGAUGGUGACUUACGGCAUACCUCAAGGAAAUAAUAUCUUCCAUUUAGGUCUUAAUAUACCACAUUUUGCGAAGAUGGCUUGGGAUACCCAUGAGAGGGUCGGAUGUGCAGUAUUUAAAUGUCCUACGUUCAUUCAUGCUGUUUGCCAUUACGGACCAGGAGGUUUCGCUCCCGGUCGAAGAAUCUACAAAAUGGGACCAACGUGUAAUGAAUGUAUCAAGAUAAAGGCCUCGAAAUGUGUGGAUGGACUUUGCGUGCUUUCAAAAAAUGGAAUGGAACGAAUCCAUAAACCAUCGUUCCAUGAUCCUUCUAAGCAACCGUAA